AUCUCACAUGUCUUUUGAGGAACUACUGCGGAUGCAGAGUGAUAGGAGAACGAAAGUGUGCAAGCAGGUGACCAGUGCGAAGAAAACUGCAAAGCCUACCAAAGCUACGGUGAAGCAGCAACAAGGCAAAAAGGGGCCAUUGGAGAUGUCUGCCAAGAAGCCUGUACCUUUUCUGCGACAAGUCGUCUCUGUUACAAAGAAGGUCCACAGAGACCCUCGAUUUGAUGACCUGUCUGGGGAGUAUAAGCCUGAAAUAUUUAUGAAGACGUACAGCUUCCUGGACAGCAUCAAGAAGCGGGAGAAGGAGAUGAUUCAGAAGCAGCUGAAAAAAUGCCGGAACGUGGAGCAGAAGGAGAAACUCCAGCAGCUCCUGAACCGCAUGACACAGCAAGAACAGGCACAGAAAAAACAGCAGAAAUUGAGGGAGAGGGAGCUGUCUUUGAAGAGACAACGGAGGCAAUUGGCCAAGCAGGGAAAGAAACCUUUCUUCCUGAAGAAGUCCGAGAAGCGGAAAUUGGAGCUAGCUGAGAAGUAUGCAGAGCUGAAGAGGAGUGGAAAGCUGGAGAGCUUCCUGAACAAGAAGAGGAAGAGGAAUGCCAUCAAAGACAAGCGCCGUCUGCCCUCACAGAAGAACUCGUGACUGCUGGACAGACAUGCUGUUGUCUGGCACUGGGAUUCACCCUGCCCUGGCCAGGCCUGGAAGACGGCCAUCCCUCUUCCCAGUAUCUGCCUUUCACUGUACAGUGAUGCUGUUAGGCAGCAGAGCAGAGGCUGAACUGAAGGAAAUAGCGCUUUUUGUAGCUGAAAUGUCCUCUUCACUUGUGGUUAACACCAUACCUGGGUGGUGACAAGUCUUGUUAUGCAGAUGCACAUGGUGUUGACAGCUGUCUCUGUCCUUGCACCUGCUCAUCUCUUCCUCUAGCUAGGAGAGCAUGAGCCCUGCCCUGCCUUGCUGGCUCUACUCCAGGUCUUAUCAGACACCAACUGAUGGGAAAGGACCUCAGGUGGGGAGGGCUCUGGUACAACACCUGUUCAGAGCAGGGCUAGCACUGACUUCAGACCAGGUUGCCCAGGGCUUCUUCAGUUGGGUCUGGGAAUGUCCAAGGACGGAUGCCACCACCUCUCUUGGCCUCUGCUCCACUGCUUCAAGUUCUCAAGAUGAAACUUUUUUUUUUCCUCCUCCAGGAAACCUGCCUGGUUUUAGUCAAUAAUCAUUGUCUUGUUCUCAGUGAA